AUGACCAGCCCCACGGACCCUCCGUCCCUUCAAAAUCUUUUGACAAACCAGGCGCAGAGCGCGAAGAGCUCUCUGCCGACUUCAAAGGUCACUCUUGGCGAGGCAAGGAACAGGAACAAGCCUGCCACACUGCGUGACCGAUCUCCGUAUCGAAUACUCGCUGCUGAGUGCAUCAUGCCAUCGGGUGCAAAAAGCAACUGGCGGCAGGUGCCCGAAAGAGAUUUGGAGACGAUCCGGUCAAAGCCGGCUAGCUCAGUCAAGAGCUGCGAGAAGCGCGGCGAUGCGCUCGUGUUCCACCUCAACCUUCUUGAGGCCAAGAAAGCGACCGGUUUCGCUUACGAGAUGCCUUUUCCUCGCUACAUUGUAGCAGACGAGUCUGGGAGCUGGCGAUCGACAAGAUCCACGCUUCAGCUUUUUCACGUAGAUGACAAGGAGCAGUUCCACCCCAUGGGACCUGCCCACAGCAACCAUGCAGACAUAGCCGAAAAAGGAGACGGGGCUUUCAGCCACUGGCGUCAUGCGAUCACUUCUGGACCGUGGUGCAAGUCGAUGCUUCGCUUCUCAACGCCGAAGAACGUGCCUCUCAAGAAGGUUCGUGCUAUGGUGGCAGUGGUCUUCCCCAUGGUGCCACCGUUUGGGUGGAUAGAGUUCAACCGAGGGAAGCACGUGGUGCACCAGGAGGUCUUCCGAGAGCUCUUCCUGCAAACUUUUCCGACGGCUGGUGUAGCAAGGCCGCACCUCAUCGAUGCUGCCGAGGACACGAUCGCAAACACAAGGUACGUUUGGCGAGUCGGUGGCAAUCAUGAGUUCGAGCUCCCGCUGAAAGAUGGUGAGCUCUACGAGAAGAGGCUGCCCUACCAAAUCGUGGAGUGGUACGAGGAGUUCGAGCAACGAGGCGGCGUGUUGUACCCGCCACCUGGGACUUACUUGUACUAUCAAAACAAAGUGGGGUUGGCUCGCCUUUUCAUCGAGCGGAAGGUGAAGAUCCCCCCAACCUGGGUCAUCACGAGCGCGGAGGAGGCUGAGAAGGAGAAAGACAACAUCCGAUUUCCGGUAGUCAUCAAGGACCCGUACGGUUUCUCCAGUCUCGGCCUGCUCCAGGCAGCCAACCCUGAUGAAUUCGUGGAGAAGAUGCAGCUCUACUUCUCCAAGGCCUUGCCGGAUGUGGAAGCCAUCGUGCAGAGCAAGGUGAUUGCGCUGAAAGAGGCGCGGGUCACCUACGUGGACGGGCGCCCUUUCCACGGCUAUUGGCGGAUCAGGCAGAGCCUCAACUCGGCUUCCGCGGCCAGCAACCUCGGCGGUUUCCAGGAUUUUAACUUCCCUUUGGAUGGAAUUGCGCCCUACGUGGCGGAAUUUGCAAACAGGACAGGCAUCCCUGUGGGAGGUGUUGACUUCAUAUGGGAGGAGGAGGAUGCGGACGUGAAGACCAUGCCGUAUACUCUUGAGGUCUCCCCUACGAGCGACAUAAACCCACCGGCGCCUGUGUCUUGGCACAAAACCUACGCGGAGUUCAAGCACACCUCAGGCUACCGGAAAGCGUAUUUGGAGGUGCGGCGGCAAUGGACAGAGUUUAUGGUGUUAGCAGUGAUCGACCGGUAUCGACGUGAACGCAGACACCUGUUUGUUGACAUUGACAAUGUCGUGUCUCUCUCCAUGGACCGCGUCAGGCGGUGGAGGGGAGACAAAAAUGCUUACAAGGCCAGCGAGGUCAUGAAAGAUGUCCCGGUUCCGGGCGCAGCUGAUGCGCUGCGAAGGCUGCGAGAGCAGUACUUCAUCCGCUUUCUCACUGCCCGUGGGUCCUACGAGGACCCGUUCAACGUCACGCAGACGUGGCUUGAGCUAAAUGACUUCGAGUAUGACGAGUUGAUCGUCGUGGAUCGGCCCCAGUCCAAGGUCUGCCAUCUUACUCCCGAGACCAUCUUGGUAGAUGAUUUCACCCAGGGCCACGAGAAGGAGGAGCCUUCGCUAAAUCAGAAGUUCAUGGACAAGCUCUCUGCCGCAAAAUUGCCCUUUGUGCGGUUUCCGCUCGGCGGCA